AAUUCGUUAUUUUGGCAGAACCACUAUGGGAGACCGCUAAAGAUAACGAUUCUCUAAGAGAAUUCGUUAUUUUAGUGGACCCACUAUGGAAACUAUUAAAAAAUAAUGAUUCUCUAAGAGAAUUCGUUAUUUUGGCGGAACAACUAUGGGAGCCCGCUAAAAAUAACGAUUCUCUAAAAGAAUUCAUUAUUUUGUCAGACCCACUAUGGGAACCCGUCAAAAAUAACGAUUCUCUAAGAGAAUUCAUUAUUUCAGCGAACUCUCUAUGA